GCUGUGGACGGACGUUUUGACGGUGAUGCAGGACCUGUCCUCGGAGGUCGCCCUCAAGAGCCUGGCGGAGGCCGACCGCCCCAUCGCCCCGGCGGCGCUGGCGGGGCUGCUAUCCACCCUGCUCUACUCGCGCCGAGGGAGCCCGUGGUUCGUGGAGCCGAUCGUUGCGGGUCUGGACCCCCGGGGGAAGCCGUAUCUCUGCGGGCAGUCCCUGUACGGAACCUGCGAGGCUUUUUUUCGGCCGGGGAUGGAGCGGGAGGAGCUGUUUCGGGUGGCUUCCCGCUGCCUGCUGUCGGCGCUGGAGCGAGACUGCCUGAGCGGGUACGGGGCGGUGGUUCACCUCAUCACCGAGGAGGGCAUCGAGACGCGAGAACUCACGACUCGGAUGGAUUGAUUAAUUCUCCGAAAAAAAAGCGGAGGCGUGUUUGGUUUGUG